AGAGUUGUUUACCAACCCCCUAUAAAUAGAACAAGAGUCUACACUCAGUUUUAUCGUUUACCUUGCCGGGAUUAAAAGUGUUUAUGAGCACGGUUGCAGCACGAUUAUGCCUACAGGAUUUCUCGCCAGCGUCGGAAAUGUCUGAGAUUGUGGCAGCCAACUCUCUGAUUGCCAACAUCCAAGAGGAGACCUGCGCCCCAGCUACUCCCGCAUCCCCGUGCAGCGGCGAAGAUUACUUGUUUGUGGAAGCCCGGCACCCCAACACGGUCUUGCAGGGCCUCAACACCCUGCGGCUCGAAAACUCAUUCUGUGAUGUCACACUGUGUUGCGGUGGACAGGAGUUCCCCUGUCACCGCAUCGUGCUGGCCUCCUUCAGCUCUUACUUCCAGGCAAUGUUUACCACUGACCUGAAGGAGUCCAAACAGGAGCGGGUGGCCAUCAAUGGAGUAGAGCCACAGAUGGUUGGCAUGUUGGUGAGCUAUGCCUACACGUCAGAGGUCUACAUUUCCAAAGCAAACGUCCAGGCGCUGCUGGCUGCAGCCAACUUGCUGGACGUGAUGGCCGUGCGCGAGGCCUGCUGCAGCUUCAUGGAGCAUCAGAUGGAUGAGAUCAACUGUGUGGGCAUCCACUGCUUUGCUGAGGCCCACUCCUGUAAGCAGCUGGAGAAACGAAGCAUGGCGUACAUUCUCAAGCAUUUUAGCCGUGUUUGCCAGCAGGAGGAGUUUUUGACAUUGUGUGUGGACAAACUAACUGAAAUCCUUGCCAGUGACCACCUCAACGUGUCCAGAGAGGAAUUGGUGUUUGAGGCCGCCACGCUGUGGUUAAAUAAAUGCCCAACCCGCAAGCAAAGCUUUGAUAAGGUUUUGGAGCACGUCCGCCUGCCCCUCAUCAGCCCUUAUUACCUCCAUGACGUGAUUGAGUCUCUGGAUGUGGUGAAGGAGAACCAGAGCUGCCAGAGACUCAUUUCCGAGGCCAAAGACUACCUGCUGCUGAAGGACCGCCGAAGGGAGCUCUUCUGCUCCCGGGUACGGCCGCGCAGAUCCACAGGGACGUCGGAAGUCAUCAUAACAGUUGGCGGAGAGGACGACAAAGUGGUGCUGCGCAGCGUGGAGAGCUUCGAUCCCGUUACGAAUAAGUGGCGGGAUCAUGCCUGCCUGCCAUUCGCUGUGAGCAAGCAUGGGCUCGUGGUGUCAGACUCCACUCUAUAUUUAGCCGGAGGGGAGUUCCCUGAUGGCUCAGCCAGUAGGGAGAUGUGGCGCUACGACCCGUGCUUUGAGACUUGGAUGGAAAUGGCUCCCAUGAAUACGUCUCGCUCGGAACUCGGCCUGGUGAUGCUGGAUGGAUUUGUUUAUGCCGUGGGGGGCUGGGAAGGUCACUUUCGACUGGCCUCGGUGGAGUGCUACAACCCUCACACCAACUCCUGGCAAUUCACGGGCUCCGUCAAAAUGGCAGUCACAAGUCCCGCCGUUGUGGCGCUGGACGGUCUUCUCUAUGUUACUGGUGGAGCAGUUUUGGAGGAUGGCGAUGGCUCAGAUCACACACAAGUGUACAACCCUAAAACCGCUACUUGGACGGAAGUUUCCCCAAUGCAGAUUCCUCGUUCUGGUUCAGCAGCUUGUACGCUGAAAGGAAAGAUUUAUGUCAUAGGGGGGUGGCACGCCUCGAAGGAAAACACAGACAAGGUUGAGUGUUACAACCCCAAGACUAACCAGUGGACCAUGUGCGCCCCAAUGAAAGAACGACGCUACCGGCCCGGCGCUGCCGUGGUGGAUGGAAAGAUCUACGUCCUAGGAGGAGAGGAAGGAUGGGACAGAUAUCAUGACACAAUCGAGAGGUACUGCGACGAGACCAACACAUGGGAGAUUGUCGGGGAGAUGCCCACCAGUCGAAGCUGGCUCAGCUGCGUAUCACUCUUGCUGAGAAAGGACGAUUUGUCGCACUACUACCCAAGUUUGCCAAACAGCUAAGUGAUGACAUCCGAGAGCAAUGCCUUCCCGCGUCGAUGCGCACCCUCAACAGGAACACAGAACCACCAUGCUCAUAGCUGUAUUUUUGUAUUAUUAGUAGUAUUGUUAUUUAUUUAUUUGAACUCCGUGUAACUGUGAGAGUGACAAGAUGCUGUAUGGGCCAAGAAAUCCAACUGAAUAUUUUUCGUAAGGUACCCAUGCAAAGGAUAAACGUGAGCUGUGCUUUGUAUUAUAAAUGUUUAAGGAUUGUAGUUAUUUCGUGUUAAUUAUUUUUGUAAUUGGUGUCAGUAAAUUUUAAUUAGAAGUGACUUUAAUAAAAUUAUUCAUUAUCUUUUGAAACAGC